AUGUGAAAUAUCGCUAGGGAGGGGGGCUCAGGAUGCUUAACUUCCCUAGACCUAAAUUUUAUUGAAGGAACUAAAAAAAUCAAAACAAAUGAAAAUAAAUCCAUCAAUAACUCCUUUCUGUUAUGGCUGGGAUAGAUCAUUUUAAAAAUUCAAUAAUCGAUCUUUAGGAUUGAAAUAAAAAGGGCUACUCACACCCACUCCAAUAGGUAGGCCUGGUUUCUAAGGACAGCGGGUACUCGCACAAAGAUAGACAGAGAACCAAUAUGGCGGCAGGACAAGGGCCUGUCUCUUUGAACGUCAACGACUUUGAUUCAGUUUUGAACCUCGUGGAUCAGCAAGCUAGUAAAUUUUUUACGGGCAUGCAAAUGGGGUCUGGUAUGUCGUACUCUGUCGAAGAUGUCAAAAUGGACCUGGAUGGGUUGGCGAAGCUAACUGACACCCUUCAUGAGAAGUUACUGUCUUCAGGAGUCAAUGCCAUUCCCUUAGAUUCUGAAAUGUUACAGCUGGAUUACCAAGCAACAGUGAGAAAAGGCCAAGAAGAAGCUGAACUCACUAGAAUUACCUUGCAGAGAGUUCAAACAAACUGUGCUGCACUGAGUAAAGCAAUGAGUAUGCCAAGAAAAUAAUCUCCUUCAUUGUUAUUUGGAAAAGGAAUGUGGUUUGAGUUCAAGCAGCUGUUAGUGGUGACAGGCAUUACAUGAAGACCCUAAUAGGGGUUGUGAUGGAUGCUGGAGGCCGUAGUCCUUCAGAUUAUGGAAGUUGUGCUAUGCCAAGACAAACUCUUCCCCUAGUUGCUAUUGGAAACCUCAGUCAAUUACAUACUUUAGAAAGGACGUAUCAUAAACUGCAAGUUUCUACAUGUAUAACAACCCAACAAACAGUGUAGCAAGCUGCAAACUUUAGAAUUGUUUUGAUGUGUGAACAUCAAUGGUCAGUCAUCACGACACAUUUUGUUCUCAAGUUCAUAGUACAGUGGAUAGCUGUUGAAGUUUAUCUCAAGCCACAAAACCUUUUCAUUCAGUGACCACCUUACCAUAAGCCCUGGCUGAGAUCACUGUGGUGUGGGAAGACACCACAGAAGGGAGGAAGACACCCUUCUGUCAAAGUACUCCUCACUCCACCCAGUUUUAUAGGUGACAGCAGGCAAAUUAGUGGGGGAACAAGACAGAAUACUGGGGAGUAAACUGUGAUGGACUAGCAGGGGGAUUAGUGAUACUCCUAGCUAGCUGCUUUUAUGCAUCAGAAAUUGGAGUUACAUGUACAUGACCAGGGGCGGAUCUAGGGGGAGGCUACAAGUGUUGCACACCCCUCCCCUCCCCG